AUGAGCAGUGCCUCGGCAGCUGCUAGUCGGGGCGAGGAUGCAGGCAGUGAUGGUCAACGACAGGCAGCCAAGCACGUGGCUACGCUACCAAGUGUUGAAGUUGUUAUUGGUCUGAUGGCUCUGCCUUUGCUGCUCAAGGAUGGAGAGGCUUCUUCUGUGCUUGAAAGCGCAGAUGGUCGUCGCAGUGGACCCGUUAGUGACGGAGGAAGCAACAACAGUGGCGACGGUAGCAGGCGUAGUGUGAUCAGCGCCCAGGUGAUUGCACGGGCAGCUCACGCACGUGCGGACAAGGUGGCCAAAUCGCAGCAUCGCCGUGAGGUUUAUGAACUCCGUGUUCGCCAAGCUGCUCAUGCGCGCAAGUUCAAGAAGAGCAAAAAAAAACUAAGAGUUUCAAGUCACACCCAACUGCUCGCGCGCACAAUGUUUGGUAUAUCUGGCAAGAACGAGGGCCCCAUGUACUCGUCUGAAAUCUGUACGAGUAUUAAUUGGCAGCUCAAGCUCGUUGCAAAAUAUUAA